AAUUACUCGAUAAUGUUGCAUGUUUAGGACAGUGCAAGAAACCUGACGCAGAAGGUGCUACUAAGUAUAAAAUCAAACCAAAUGGACGACUGUAUAGCACAAUUAGAUCGCGACCUGAUGGACGUACUGAUGAAGUACAUCUACCGAGGUUUCGAGAUCCCAACGGAUGGAAGCAGCGGGCACUUGUUACUCUGGCACGAGAAGGUCUACAACAUCAGUGGAGUCGGCAGCAUCGUUCGAGUCUUUGCCGACAGCAAGCGAGCUUGAAUUUACACUUUGGUCCAGUCAUCUUCCUCUUUUUUGUUACUCAACACAAUUAGUAACAUUAAGGACACACUUAGGUCGUACCAUUUUUUCACUAAGAAAACCGCAGUGCAUUUAUGUCGAGUUGUUGUCAAUAAAUUUUUUAUUUCUUCUACUUACAGAAAAAAAA